GAUUCGAAAGAACAAAACGUGUCAACAAUCUGUGUUAAAGAAACUGCUGUUGCUUAAUUUCCUUUCAGUACGGGAAAUUUUGGGGGAGGAAGGGAAAGGAGGAGGAGGGAGGGAACUGGAAAGUUGGGGAAAUGAAAUGAAAUGAAAUCGGUUCCUGAAUCCGUGUCCUCUUUUUCUUCAGUGUCCUCCAUUGUUGGUGUUGAUGAAAGCUCCACUCUGAUUCCAGGUCUUCCCAAUGAUGUGGCAGCUCUGGUUCUGUCCUUCGUCCCUUACUCCCACCACGCUCGCCUCAAAUCCACCUCCAAAUCAUGGCGUCUCUUCUUCUCCUCCAAAGCCCUGAUUUCGCUUCGAUUCACCCACCAAAAUUCCCUCUCUCAACUUCUCUGCCUCUUCCCUCAAGACCCUUU